UCCUCUGAUCUGUGUCUUUGAACGCAGCGCGUCUAGAAGGAGAAAUGUCCAUCGAUGCUUCACCAUUCGCUGUGCUGGACAGAUUUUUGCAGCGAAAGAAGAUGGGAUCAGCUACAUCUACCAGCCCGGAGAAAUGUUACGAUCCCAAAGACACCUCGCUGAAAUUUGUGGAUGGGGAGGAUGAGCUGGACUUUUUGUGUGAAGGCUUCUCAUCACUAAGAGCGCAGAUGUCCUGUGGUCACGCUGUGACACCAACAUCUCUCACAAAAUGGUGUCUGAAGCAACUGGAAGAGGGACAAAGCAGGUUUGUGUGUGGCGUGUGUAAUGCUAGGUGGCACUAUGAGGAAGUUCAGAAAAUGGCUCUUCUUUCUCCUGAAGAACGGAAAUACUUCAAAAAAAUGAGGAGCCUCAAUGCUGCUGUUACCAGAAAAUGUCCUGGAUGUAUGUCCUCUGUGGCAAGACAAAAUGAAUUUAAUCUUUGUAUCGGCUGCAAAGUGUGCACAGCAAAGGAAGGACGUCCAUAUGAAUUCUGCUGGCAGUGUCUGAGGGAAUGGAAAGGACCAAAACCACGGAUAAGCCGCUGUGGGAAUGAAGGCUGCAGCAACACGUUGCUGCAAACUCUGCAAACCUGCCCAGAUAUCGUCUUCGACAAGGUGAAAGGAAUCACAGGGUGUCCUUCCAUCCGGGUCUGUCCCACCUGCGGAUCACUGCUGGAGCAUAAACGAAACCACUGCAAACACCUUACUUGUCCUCAGUGUAAGGUCAAGUUCUGUUUUGUGUGCCUGAAGACAUUUGCUGAAUGUUCAAGAACAAGCGGCAUUUCAGCACCGUGCUCCAGUGGUGUUGCUCCCAGACAGACAGUUAUCCCAGUGUGGAGAAAGAGUUAAAAUUUCUUCUGAGUUCUUCAUUUUUGUGACAUUACAUUCACCUUUUCCUGAAAGAACAACUGAGCACAAGUUCAUAGAUAGAAAGAGAUAAUAUUUCUAUCCAGAAAUAUGAGAACAUUAGAAACAAGCAAAACCAACUUCAGUGUAUUUACAAAAAUGUAUAAUGUAGCUUGUUCAGGACCAUGGACAGCAUACUGGAUUUUCACUUCACUGCAAAAGUAUUAAAACCCUGUGAACCACACCAUUCAAAUAUGCUAUUUUAUGUCAUAAACCAACUAGAUUUACUGCAGGAAUAUUGGAAGGAAAAUUAGCAGUAUAAUUUUUCUAAACCAGAAUUUGUCAAGUCUUUUUGUAAAAUGUGGAAAUGCGCUAAAUUUAUUUUCUUGCUUUUAAUGUGUACAAAAUAAUGCACAUACCUAAU